CAACAAUCAGUAACCCUUAAUUUUUGGCUGUGGCGAUAGCAUGUGGAAAAGCGCGAAAAGUUGAAAAGUUAGACAAGAGCCGGGAUGACGCAACGGCCGCUUACGUAACAGGGGCUGCCACUGUUUGGUGGCGAGGGGAAAGUUGACGAGGGGGCUGAAUUAACGUGGUAGCGAAAGUGUCACCAGCAAGACGGCAGGUCGGGUCGAGUCAGGCUAGUCGUCUGUGGGGUAGGUGGCCCGAGCUUUGAGUAAUCCUGUGAUAUCGUUCUUUCUUCUCCAUAUUUUGCACCUUGUGAAGAAUCACAUCUCAAGCAUUGUCCCCUCGGUAUCUUCGUCCAUGCACACCGUAAAUCACGUGACUUCUAUAUAUAUAGCCGAAGAUCAUGUGGAGAAACCCUGAUGCUAUACUUAGUAGCUUUUGUUAACAUACCUGUGGGUGUUCCUGAAACAAGUGUAGUUUUGUUUGGAGAAAAUUUUUAAAAGUACCUUUCAUCUGCAUGGGACAAUUGAAGUGAUAGUCAAGAUUGUGUUCUAAGAGAGCUAAAAAUUUGAGUCUUUCGAAUCACGACCAUGCGAAACUGAUAAGUGGACCCGGAUCAGUUGUCAUUUCAUUCCCGAGGCGUUGCAUGGUGCUUUUGUGUGUAUAGUGGAAUCAAGAAGACAACAGAAUUGGAAGGCCAUGGCCAACAUUUCUGCUGCAAUCAAAAAGGAGGAUCUUCAGCUGCCCUCAGAUCAGAAUCAGCGUCUUGCAUUUGUACUUCACAAUGUACUGUCACCUGAGGAGUGUAAGCAGUAUAUCAGUCAAACAGAGGAGAAGGGUUAUGUAAAGGCACUGCUCAACAUUGGUGGUGGAAAAGAACUGCUAAUGACAGACGUGAGAAACAGCGAUCGCUGUAUCAUUGAUAGUGUGGAAGAAGCUCUCAAAGUCUGGCAGAGAAUCAAAGAAUAUAUUCCACAAGAGUGGGAUGGCAGGGCAGUAAUAGGAUUGAAUGAAAGAUUGCGAUUUCUUCGCUAUGAUCCUGGCCAGUACUUCAAACCUCACAUGGAUGGAUGCUAUAGCCGUGAAAAUGGAGAGAUGAGCUUCAUUACUAUACAGAUCUACCUGAAUGAUGGGUUUGAAGGUGGUAGUACAACAUUCAUGUCACUUGAUGGACGACAAAGACUGGAAGUGGUGCCCAAAGCAGGUUCUGUGUUAGUAUUUCAGCACAAUAUCUACCAUGAAGGCUCAGUACUGAAGGAAGGACGGAAGUACUCAGUAAGAACUGAUGUUAUGUACAGCCCUCCAUCAUAAAUUCAUUGAUGGCAUACUGUCGUAGUGAAACCAAGAUGUGAGAAGUCUUAGUAAAACAUACAGCUGAGUAGCAGCUUCUUAUAAUUUCAUUGCACUGAGAUUCAAUGUACGUCUUAAUACAAUGAGAGUAUGCAGACUCCAGCAACAGUGGCCUGAUGAGAAUUAAAAUGCAAAACUUGGACUUCUUUCAUAGCAAGCAUAUUGAUUAUUAGCACACAGGUGCACACACAGAGAACACACAAAAGAUUCUGAAUGCAUCCCAAUCAUGUAUAUUGUAAUGGCUGAUAGCAUAUUAAAGUUAUUAGUAUUAUGUGCUUUGGAUAUGUAACUUAUUUUGUUAAUCAAGCCAUUCCUUUUUUCUGCAAUACUAGGUUUUGUUAGUAUUUAGUGGUAUCAGAUUGUUAUCAUGCAGCCAAUAGGCUUUGUUAGUAUUCAGGGGUUUUACUGUUGCUGCUUUUACAUCGGUUCCCAGUCACUUAAUCCCCAGACACUUCAUCCCCAACGCUUCAUC